AUGGGGUCUGGGGGAAGCAAGACAGUGCCCCCGAAAAGGCCCGAGGAUAAUAGAGUUCCAACAAACGGAUCGUCAACGCUUGCACAGAAUAAAACUUCCUUGUCUAAAACAGGCAUCAAAGCUGGUCCAACUAAUACCUCAUCAACCACCGACUCCAAACCAAAAACUGACUCAAAAACAAACAAGGACUCAUCAACCACUGACUCCAAACCAAAAACUGACUCAAAAACAAACAAUGACUCGACCAAAACUGACAACAAAACACCUGUUAACAACAAAACUGUGGCGGCUACAUCGCCAGAAUCAGUGGAAACUAAAACCAAAAAAUCAGUUUCUAAAUCGAAAUCUGAACAACUAUUUCAACGUGGUGUGAGUAAAACCAUGAUGAAAAUGUCGAGAGAGAAAACCAUCCCUCGUGUAAGUCUGAGUAAAACAGGGACAAGUCCGAUACUUACCGGUAACAUCAACACGGACAUCCCUUCCACCAGUAAAAUCGUGCGGAUAUUUACCAGCAGUACAUUUACAGAUACUAUGCACGAGAGAAACACUUGGAUGAGAGAGGCGUAUCCCGCACUACGUUCCUACUGCCAGACCCGGGGGUAUGAAUUCCAGGUUGUUGACAUGAGAUGGGGAAUACGAGACGAUGCGGCCGACGAUCAUACGACCUUUGACCUGUGUAUGACCGAACUACGGCUGUGCCAACAACUCUCCACAGGACCAAACUUCAUAUCAUUACUUGCCAACAAGUAUGGAUACCGCAGUCCCCCACGUACCAUUGCUGUUGAAGAAUUCCAGAUUCUCUUAGCGGGAGUGGAAAAGGAGGAAAUCAAAGCCCUACUAACCAAAUGGUAUCUCCGUGAUGAUAACGCUGUUCCUCCAGAGUACGUGCUACAGCCCAUCAGUAAAUAUAUACCUAACAGGCUGAGUAAAGACAAAGACCUACAGAAUGAGGCUAAGGAUGAGUGGAACGAGGAUGAGUGUGACAUGCAGGACGCAUUAGAAGCGUCAGCUAGAGCCAAUCUCCCCACACAAGCGGCAGAGAAAUAUUAUGUUUCAAUUACUGAGAAGGAAAUACAAAAAGGUAUGCUGGACGUGUCCAACCCUGCUCCACACUGUCUGUGGUUCUGGCGUAAAAUCGACGGCAUUGAGGACAUGGAUGGAAGCAAGCACAAACUGCUAAGGAGAUACAUUGAUCUGAGUGGGCAGGACGAGUAUUGGCAAGAAUCCCGCAGGCUUCUCCGUGUACUAGAGGAUUCGAAGAUGGAACCUCACCUUCCUGCUGAUAAUAUACACAAGACCACUGUCAACUGGACUGAAAAUGGUAUCGACCCCGAUAACGAUGUCCACCAGAAAUACUUGAAGACUAUGACGGAGAAUUUCAUCAAGGAGAUGAUCCGAUUGAUUGACCAUGGGAUAAAACAACGCUCAGAUACAGAACUGACCGAUCCACUUAUGCUAGAAUGCUGCCAGCAUAUUCGUUUCUGCCAACAGAAAUGCGAAAACUUCUGUGGAAGGGCGAAAUCGUUAGACAAAAUCAAGCAAUACCUCACGUCUGACUCCACAAAACCUUUGAUUAUUCACGGAACCUCUGGCUGUGGUAAGACGUCCUUGAUGGCCAUGACAGCCAAGCUCGCACCCACGUGGAUUUCCAACACGCAGCCAGCCGUUGUGCUCAGGUUUAUUGGAACAACACCGGAUAGUUCUAAUAUCAACGGUCUACUCAUCUCCGUCAUCAAUCAGAUAAAAGCUAUCUACAAUCAGUCAUCACUCAAUCCAGAGAGCCUUCAGGAAUUGUCGAAGGAAUUCGAAUUCGUACUGAGUUUUGCUAAACCUGCACAGCCGCUUAUCAUCCUUCUGGAUUCCCUAGAUCAAAUCGACAUUUCCUACAACGCUAGAAGUUUGUUCUGGUUACCCAGAACGAUCGGAAAACAUGUUAAACUGAUUGUAUCAACUCUCGAGGACGAAGAAUUUGAAUGCUUUCCAAAGCUCAAGGCUAUGUUCAAAGAUGAAGACAACUUUUGGUUAGUGCCUGAACUGAAAGCAUCCGAUGCCGAAGGUAUCAUACAGCAAUGGCUUAAAUCCCGCAACAGAACACUCACCCCUACACAGCUAGACAUUCUCAACAAAUGUGUUUACCACUGCCCUUUGCCACUGUUCUUGAAACUAUCAUUUGAAAGUGCUCAAAGAUGGCAUUCCUAUUGGGAUAAAAGCGAAACUGUUCUUAACAAGACCAUAAGGAGCAGCAUUGACAGUCUGUUUUCUAAACUGGAGACUAAACACGGAGAAAUAUUUGUGUCGAGGACACUUGGUUAUUUGACUGCUUCCAGGAAUGGGCUUUCAGAAUCUGAGUUAGAGGACGUGCUGUCAUGUGACGAUGAGGUCCUUAAUGACCUAUACCAGUUUUGGGUUCCACCAGUCCGACGAUUACCUCCCCUGCUGCUGGUCCGGCUGAAGGCGGAAAUACAACAGUAUAUAGUGGAGAGAGGCGCUGAUGGCAUCCGUGUACUUUAUUGGUAUCAUCGCCAGUUCAUAGAGGCUGCUAAAGCCAGAUACUGCAAACCAAAUGUGUCUGUCAAGAUUAAUAAAGGUCUCGCAGACUUCUUCGACGGCAGAUGGGCUGACGGGAAGAAAAAGCCCUACGUGGACAAGAAGAAAAAGUCGGGUGAGAGUGACCGACAUGUUUCAAGCCAGCCACUUGUCCAUGGAAAGACGUAUAACCAACGUAGGUUGAAUAAUUCUCCCUAUCACAGAACUAAGGUCGAUGCCUUGGAACUCAAGAACGAAUGUCUUCUGAACUUCGAGUUUUUACAGGCCAAAGUUGUGGCUUCUUCUGUACGACCCAUUCUGGAUGAUUUUGCCUUUGCACGGAAAGUGUUUCCGAAAGAUAGUGACCUUGAAACUGUAGGAGCAGCCAUUGAGAUGUCCCAGGGUGCACUGUUGUACGAUCCUUUUCAGUUGGCUCCACAACUCUUGGACAGGUUGGCAGGAGAAAAGCUCUCGAUUGACCUUCUCCGACAGUGUGAGAAGUGUAAUGUGCCGUUCCUUGCUCCAGACCAAGAAGUCCUUAUGAAGCCGGGUGGUCAGCUUAUCUAUUGUCUGACUGGACAUCAAGGUCCUAUCCUUUCAGUGGACAUUAAACAGAACGGAAAAGUUGCCGUAUCAUGUUCGGAUGACGAUGAAGAUUCUGUUAAAACUUGGGAUUUGAUAGAAGGGAAACUUCUCAAAUCAUACGAUGGCAUCAAGUUGAAUCCAACUCAAGUGCGUUAUGUGUGUAAUGACAGGCAUGUCCUCGUGGAUUACGCUGACGAUUAUAUCGCCAUACAACAGUCAGGCGAAAUUGCUUUCUCUAUAGACAACCUCGGCGGCCAGUCAGCUGUUGGAGGCAAGAACAAAUCACUACUGGCCACGUUUUGUGAUGACACUGUUGACGUAUACAAUAUGGAGAAUGGUGAUAAUGUUGCUACGGUCGAAGUCUCAGAAUCGAAGCUGAUAUUUUGUAUGGACAUGCCAAGUGCCAUUGCGGCCUCUGAAAACUACGUGGUCCUGACGGACAGCGAUCAGCACUACUUCACUGUAUACAACUUCCCUAAGCGGAACCUCACUAACUGGGUACAGGUUUUCAGUACCGAACAGACUUCCGGUCAACCGAAUCUCACUAUAGACGCCAUUGUGAUUAUACCUGAUGAACAACGAUUCAUUUUAUCUAAUGUUCGCGACAACGACCUGCUUAUUUAUGAUAUCAAAACAUUGGACAAACUUAAAACAAUAAAAGGUUACCGAAUGGACUUUGCCCAGAACUACAGAAUCACGGCUACUGGCAAUUUCCUUUACUUCCCCGGAGAGAUCGAAGUCGUUGUUUGGAAUCUCAAGAAGGAGCAGCGAUCAUGUAUCCUUCCUCACCCAGGUCCAUUACGUGACGUCAUUUGUUGGUCAUGGAAAACCAUGGUGACGGCAACAGACGAUACCACAGUGCGAGUGUGGGAUUUGGAGAGGAAGGAAAAAGAGACCAAAAACCAAAGUCUGGUUCUUGGUCAUGUAAUACGACACUUCGUUCCCAUGAAGAACCCUCGUUAUGCUGUUGUUAUGGUACAGACGGACCGGACGGACGCAGAGAGAGUCAAUCUGCAGGUUUAUGACAUCCAUGCAAAGAAAGUUGUCCGUGAGGGCACGCCAAAUGCACCUCCAGGUGUGAUAAAGAUCCUGAACGAAAAGCACAUAGCCGUGGUAACUAGUUCGAGAAAAAUCAAAACCAUCAACUUGGACACCAUGAAAGUAGAUAAAGUGUUUGAAGGCGACUUGUCCGCUUAUACUGUGGAUAUACAUGUCAAAUCUGACGGGUCAGAAAUAUUGACUCAAACAAGAGGAAGGCAGAGGUUUAAGAUAUACAACACCGCAACUGGAAAAUCGAGAGCGAUCAUUCAAAGGCCUUCCAAUGUUAAAACGGACAAGAAAAGUCCAUUUGAGGAAAUAUUUUAUGUUAACAAAGGUUGGACAUUAUUGGCUGGACGAAUUUCUGGUGGUGCAUGGCUCCUGUACGAUAUAUCUACAUUACAGUGUGUUCGAACGAUUUCUCCCACAGAGUAUGAUUAUAGCGAUGUACCCAUAGAGAAGGCAUGUCUGUCAGGCGAUGGCCAAACCUUUGUAUUUGGUGUCAAUUCGUACGUUGAUAGUUCCGGAUCAUCCCAGGAAAAAUACAAAUUAGCAUCGUUCGUUGUUUGGAGUCACAAAGAAAAUAGACGGGUGACCCUGUGUGAAGACAGAGAGUACCAGAACCAUUACUUUGAGGUCGCCAACAGGAAGGGCAUAGACGUAUCGGUGGAUGAGAUUCACGUACUAGAUGACAACCGACUGCUUACUGUCCACGAUGAUUUCAUCCUCAGAGUUUGGGAUAGAAACACAGGAGAACUGCUGAAGCGUUUGGAGGGACAUCGCAGUGCCGUGCAAGUGUUCUUGAAAGACGAUGGACCAUAUUUUUUCUCGUAUGCAACAUACGAAGAAGAGAAUGCUAUUCGAGUUUGGGAUAAAGCUACAUUAGAAUGUUUAGCGAGUUACAGACUAGACCAUACGGUUGUAUCGAGUAGAAUAUGUGAAGAUGGAAAGCAAUUCAUAGCAUCUUCCAAGAGUCCUAAUGCGCGCCUUGUUCACUGGAGGGUAGAAGGGGUUGAUAACUCCACCAGUCUAGCUUCCUGUCCUAUGCUGUUUAAGGGAUCAGUUUCUAAUCCAGCCUUAUCCCUUGAGGUUGACGAAGAUUACGUGAUCAAUGAAAAUGAUAUGGACACUGACGAAGAGGAAAGUGAUGACGAUGAUUAA